AAACCACAUCCUUCCACAAAUGCUGACCGUUCAGAGGGCCGCUCAGAGGAAUGCGGCACGCCGUAUGCGCGAAGCCAACAUGCUGCUUGCUCGCUGGCAGGCGAGUCGUGGAAUGGCCAGCGAGCCAGGACCGUACGACGCAGUGAUUAUUGGCGGAGGUCCGGGUGGUUAUGUCGCUGCUAUCAAGGCUGCUCAGCACGGUUUGAAGACUGCUUGCAUUGAGAAACGCGGCUCUCUCGGCGGUACAUGUCUGAACAUCGGCUGCAUCCCUUCAAAAGCCAUGCUGAAUAACUCGCACAUCUACCAUCAGACUCUCCAUGACCUCAAGCGUAGGGGUAUUGAUGUCAAGGACGUUUCCCUAAAUCUUCCCCAGAUGCUUAAGGCAAAGGAGGAGUCCGUCGUUGGGCUGACCAAGGGCGUCGAGUUUCUUUUCAAGCAAAACAAGGUCGACUACAUCAAGGGUAGAGCCUCCUUCGUCACCCCCAACCGCAUUGCUGUACAGCUGAACGACGGUGGCGAGACCGAGGUUGAGGCGAAGAACGUCAUCAUUGCGACCGGUUCUGAGGUCGCGCCCUUCCCCGGCGGCGGGAUCGAAAUCGACGAAGAGCAGAUCGUCAGCUCAACUGGUGCUCUCGAGCUCAAGAAGGUCCCGGAGAAGAUGGUCGUCAUUGGCGGUGGUGUCAUCGGUCUCGAGCUGGGUUCCGUCUGGAGCCGACUUGGCGCGCAAGUCACCGUGGUUGAGUUCCUCGGCGGCAUUGGCGGCGUAGGCAUCGAUGAGGAGAUCGCGAAGCAGUUCCAACGCUCGCUCCAGAAGCAGGGCGUCAAGUUUAUGCUCAACACCAAGGUGCUUUCUGCGGAGAAGAAGGACGGCAAGGUCUUCUUGAAGACCGAAGCUGCCAACGGCGGUAAGGAGGAGACACUCGAGGCGGAUGCUGUCCUCGUCUCUGUUGGUCGUCGGCCAUACACCAAGGGCCUCAAUCUCGAGAAGAUCGGCGUCGAGGUCGAUAACAAGGGACGCAUCGUUAUUGACGACCAGUUCAACACGACCGCCCAGGGCAUCAAGUGCAUUGGCGACGUGACUUUCGGCCCCAUGCUUGCGCACAAGGCUGAAGAAGAAGGCAUUGCCGCGGUCGAGUUUAUCAAGUCUGGCCACGGCCACGUCAACUAUCAUGCGAUCCCGUCCGUCAUCUACACCCAUCCCGAGGUCGCCUGGGUCGGCAAGACCGAGCAGGAGCUGAAGGCUGCCGGCGUUCAGUACAAGAUUGGCAAGUUCCCAUUCACGGCGAACUCGCGCGCAAAGACGAACCUCGAUAUGGAAGGCCAGGUUAAGAUCAUCAUCGAGAAGGAGACUGAUCGCGUCUUGGGUGCGCACAUCAUGGGCCCGAAUGCAGGCGAGAUGAUUGCCGAGGCCGUACUCGCAAUUGAAUACGGCGCAAGUGCAGAGGACAUUGCGCGGACAUGCCACGCUCACCCAACGCUCAGUGAGGCAUUCAAGGAGGCGGCGAUGGCUGCGUACGACAAGCCUAUUCACUGCUGAACUGCAUGAUCUGCCUUACCCUUACUGUACUUCUGCCUUGCACUACUGGUCUCUGUUGUUUGAACUCGCACGCAAUUCCACUUCACGACACAGACAAUAUGGUAUAUGCUUGGGCACCUCCGGAUGCCAGAGCACAUGUAUCUACAGGUGGUCUUUGAGAUGCCUCUAAAAAUGCGUGUCACGGCUGUGCUGGG